AUGCCCUCAAUCCAGGAAGAUACAUCCCCCAACGCACCUCUGAUCCGCGCAAGGGAAGACGAUGAUAAUGCGCUGCACGAUGGACCUACCACUCCCUCGGCCCUCCAGCACUCCGGGAACGCGUUUAUAUGGGCUUUGACGGUAGCAGCCUGCGUCUCCGGGCUUCUAUUUGGCUAUGACACAGCCUCAAUAAGUGGCAUGCUUGUUUCCAUCGGCACAGAUCUCUCCUCGCGACCUCUGUCCAACCUUGACAAAGGCUUCAUAACCUCCUCUACGAGUUUCUUCGCCCUCGUCGCGAGCCCAGUCGCUGGCAGCCUGGCCGAUACAGUGGGCAGAAAGAAUAUCAUUCUCUUCUCGGACGGUCUUUUCAUCUUUGGCGCAUUAUGGCAGGCAUUCACAAGUUCAGCAUGGGGCAUGAUACUCGGAAGAAGUGUCGUGGGCUUCGCAAUCGGCGGAGCGAGUUUGAUUGUACCAUUGUACAUAGCUGAACUUGCUCCUGGUCACCUGAGAGGCAGACUAGUAACCGUCACGCUUCUCUUCAUCACUGGCGGUCAAGUCAUUGCGUAUCUUGUGGGGUGGGCCUUCUCUACCAUGUCCGGCGGCUGGAGAUGGAUGGUAGGAUUAGGAGCAGCCCCAGCAAUCGCCCAGAUCGCUAUGCUGGUCUUCAUGCCAGAAACACCACGAUUUCUGGCAAAGGCUCAAAAGGAGGUCGAGGCACGUGCUGUGCUUGCGAAAGUGUAUCGAGGCAUGGUGCCUGACACAUCCGAGCUCAUUGCCGAGACCAUGUCGGCCAUCAAAAAGGAAAUCCUCGAAGAAGAGGAAGCACACGUCCAGCUGAAAACUUCCGAAUCUGGAUCAUGUAUCCCUCCUACAUUGCAUUCGCUCCUAUUACAUCCACCACACGCUCGAGCCCUCGCUAUCACUUGCAUUCUUCAGGGUUUGCAGCAGCUUUGCGGCUUCAAUUCACUCAUGUACUUUUCCGCGACCAUCUUUCAGCGACUGCGCUUCUCGUCGCCUACCUUGACAUCAUUGAGCGUCGCGGGCACAAACUUUUUGUUCACUAUCGCCGCUUUUCACCUGAUCGACCGCGUCGGUCGACGGCGGAUACUUCUGAUCACCGUUCCGCUAAUGACGGUUGCGCUAGUACUCUGCGCAACGGCUUUCUCGUUCGUAGAAGCACCACAGCAGCAUCAGAUCAAGGCACCGGAAAGCAAUGCCGACACGAUCCCGAACACCCGCUUGCCUGCCAUUGGGAUUCUCGUGGCCAUACUUCUGUACGUCUCGACGUACGCUAUGGGUCUAGGCCCCGUGCCCUGGCAGCAGUCCGAACUGUUCCCCUUGAGCGUCCGCUCACUGGGCUCAGGUCUGGCAACCGCUACGAAUUGGGGCUGCAAUACUGUUGUUGGGUUGACGUUCCUCCCCAUGAUGGAUCUUCUGACUCCAACGUGGACGUUUGUGUCAUAUGCGCUCGUCUGCUUGAUUGGAUGGCUGAUCAUCUGGCAUAUAUACCCGGAGACCAUGGGGCUUGGGUUAGAGCAGGUUGGUGAUUUGCUCAAGGACGGAUGGGGAGUCAAAGAGAGCAUGGAUAGGCUUAAAGCCACGAGAAGAUCUAGACGGGCAUUGGAAUAG